UUGUUCGACUGUCUGAGAUGCACUUAUAACAUCUGGUGUGGCAAGUGUACAGUGUGCUGGUGUUUCUAUGUUGACAGUCUUAUUCAAGAUAUUUGUGUUGGUAUCAUUAUUAUCCAUCAAUCAUCAUUUUCUCAUCGCUCUCACCCAUUCCUUCAGGAGGCGUGGCCCCGGUGGAUGUUGAUAACCAGGUGGAUUGGCCAUGUUCAAGAAGUUCCGUGAUCGCCUCAACGAGGUCGGUGAGGAGGUGAAACGCGAUCCUCGAUUCCAAAAUAGCCUAGCAUCGGUGAAUAAGAUCGCCCAGGACACGCUCUCCAAUUUGAAUCGCGAGAAAAGUGGGAGUCGAGAGUCGCUCCAAUCCAACACAAGUCAAGACAAUCACGCCCAAUUGCCCGUGAUCCCGCCCAAUAACGAUCAUCUAUUCAGUUUGGGCGGGGACGAGGACAACGAAGACCCUCCGACCAUGAAUAAUCUCAACAGUCCCCUUCGGGGCACCCGAGACUUCGAGCCUGUCGAUUUGAGUCACGUGCCAAGUACGCCUAGAAGUCGAAGACUCUCGAAUAGUUCCAUGUCCACGGAGGCGGCGAGUCUGUUUCCGAUAUACGAGGCUCCUCAACAGAUGUACAGCCUCCCUUCGGACUUGGAUUCGACGGCGGGCAGUGAGUGGGAUGAUGAAUCCUCGGCCCAAUUGUCGGCCAUUACCAAGGAGCAGCUCUAUCAGAUGCUCCAGAAGAUGAGGACGCGGUAUCAUAAGUACAAAGGACGGUAUGGUGAUGUGGCCAAGGCUUAUACCGACCUUCAAGUGGAGAACGACAAGGUCAAAACCGUGAUGCAACAAACUCAGGACAAGGCUUUGCGACGAAUCUCGGAGCUCAGGGAACAGUGUCAGCUGGAACAAAAGGCCAAGAGACACUUGGAAGAAGAGCUUCGAAGUGAUAUGGAGGAGAAGGAACAUAUCAUCGAGGCUCUUCAAACCAAGGUCACCCUCUUGAAGAGUCGCGAAGAAGAGGGCGUGGAAACGCUGUCAAUUGAACCCAACCUCAUCGAGCUAGACAGCACAUCCGAUUCGAUUUCCAUUUCUGUGCCAACCAAUGGUGGAACAGGAACGAAAGACAGUCAAAAAAUUGCGGGAUUAGAAGAAAAAGUGAAGCGACUAGAGUCGCUCUUAACAAAAUGUAAGGAAUCGAUCAAAGCGAACAAACAAAAGACCACUGCCCUAACCGAGGUGAAGGAGAAUCUUUCCAAAGAUUUGGCCACACGAGAUGAAGAAUGCGCCCAAUUGAAGAAGAAGGUGCAAGAGUUCGAGACGUGGCACCAAAAGGCACAGGAAGAGGAGAUUCAAAUUGCCGAGACCAAAAUGGUCAUGCACCAGGAAAUCAUUGCGAAAGACGAGGAGAUGGGCAAGAUCAGAGCGAAGUUAACCCAAACUAAGGAGGAUUUGAGUGCCCAGGCGAAAGUGGUUGAAGACCUCAAGACUGAGAUGAACCAGCUGAAGGAGUCCCGGGACAACCUGCAAAAGUCCGUGAGCGACGACAAAGCCUCGGUCAUUGAAGAAAUGACCAAGCAGAAAGCCGAGGACAUUCAGAAGAAAGAGUUGGAGCACGCAGAAAAGCUCAAAGCAGCUCUAGAAAAACAAGCCGCCAAGUUGAAGCAAGAAUUGGACGAAAAAAUUGCCAAUAUCGAGAAAGAGAAAGAGCGAGUGUUGAGCUUGAAAGAAGCUGAGAUGAGGAAAUCCAUCCAAGAGGCCACGGAGACUACGAAACUGGAGAUGGAAGAACUUCAAUUGCGUUUGACGGCCUUACAAAACAACGAUGCCGGCAAAUCGGGCCUAGUUAAUGAUCUCGAAACCAAGUUGGUCGCAUCAGUUAAGGCCAAGAAAGAAGCCUUGGCAACGAUCGAGUCCUUGAAAAAGGCCCAGGGAGGCACAGAACGGGAACUCGAAAGCAUCAAAUCGGAAAACGUUCAACUUGAAGCCAGACUCGAAACUCUAAUAAAGGAAAAACAAGAUGUCGUAGGGAAGGCGGAGCAAGAAAGAAAACAAGUGACUGAACUCGGCAGGGAUUUAGAAGCAUUAAGAAAUGAGAACGCAGACUUCAAGAAGACCAUUGAAGCACUAGAACAACACAAGGUGAAAUUGGAAGGGACCCAAAAGAUUGGCAAUGAUCAAUUGACCCACGUCAAAGAAGAACUAGAUUCCUUGAAGACAGAGAAGAGCGAACUUCAAAAGACUAUUGACGAGACGAACAUGGAGUUUGAGGAACUUCGGAAAAACUUGGAAAAUGAGGAAGGCCAACUUUCCGAGCUGAAAACUCAGAUGGAAUUGUUGAAUCAGGAGAAGACAGCACUACAAAAGGCUCUCGAAGAAAAAGACGGUAGCUUGGAAAAGCUCCAAAAAACCAUGGAAAAUGGAGACGACCAUAUGGCUGCACUAAAUAAUGAAGUAAAAGAGCUAAAAGCCGAAAGAGAUCAACUCCAAAACACCAAGGAUGAGACUCAAAGUCAACUUGAUCAACUCCAAAGCCAAAACUGUCAACUACAACAAUCCCAACAGGAAGCCAAUGACCUUCAAUCUGAGUUGCGGAGAGAACUUGAAAGCCUAAAGAAAGAAAACGCCCAUCUGCAAGAGAUCAACGAGAACUUCUCCGGACUAAAAGAAACCAUUGAAGCCUUACAAAGUGAACAAACGAACCUUCAAACUGUCCUAGAAAAUAGCAACGGUGAGAUCGAGUCCUUGAAAAGUGAGAAUGCAGAAUUACGAAAACACAAAGAACAAUUGGAACAAAUUCAGACAGAGCUCGAAUGUUUAAGGAGCGAAAAACAGGGACUUGAAGACGAACUAGAAAAGAACUUGAAGACCUUGAAAGAAGAGAACACUGAGAUCCAGAACAAAUACAAGAGAAGUAAAGAAGAGAUAGACUCACUAAAGAGUGACAACCUAGCGAUGAUGACUGAUAUGGAACGACUAGAUGAAUUGAAAGACGAAGUGGAAUCUUUGAGGGCCGAGAAGUAUCAACAAGAACAAGAUUUGAAGGGGAAGAAUGAAGAGAAGAAAAGGUUGGAGGAUGUCAUUAAAAACCAAGAUGAGUCCCUAUCUUCUUUGAGAAUGGAAUUAGAAGCCUUGGACAAUCAGAAGAUCGAGCUUCAAAAGAAUAUGGAAAACGAAGACGCGCGUUUGAGUGAGCUUUCAAUACAAAUUGAUAUCCUUAAACAAGAACUCCAGAGCAAAGAUAAAUCCAUUGCUGAGAUGGAGUCCAAACUGAAACCAUUUGACGAGCUACAGACCUUAAAGGCUGAUUUGGAACGACAAGUGCAUUCUCUGCAGAUUGACAACGACUCGCUGUGCAAAGAUUUGAGUGAAAAGGAUGAUCGAAUCAACCGCAUGGACGAGGAGCAACAAAAACGCCUUGAGGAACUCCAGAGUCGCCAAGAUGACCUCAUCAAUUUUAAAGCAUCAAUGAAGACCCAGGAAGAGGAAUCUCGAGUCUUGAGUGAUAAACUAGCCAAAUUAGAGGACGAGACAUUGAUAUUGACCUCGGAGAAAGACACGCUUCAAACCGACUUGAAUCGGGUGAAUUUGGAAUUGAAAACCCUUCAAAAUUCCGUCCAAGAUGGCCAGGCCUCAUCCAACGAAAUGAAACGAAAAAUCGAAUCCUUACAGUCGGACCUUGAAAGCAAGUCCGCUGAAUUAGCAAAUGCUUCUCAAUCUCAAUCGGAUUUAGUGCAAAAUCUGGAAAAGGAGAUUUCCACUCUGAGAGAUCGCGAAGCCUCCAAUGAAAGCCUCAUACAGCAAAUGAUUCAGUACGAGAAAGAACUUCAUGAGCGGAUCAAUGUCAAAGAGGCAGAAAUAGAUGCUACUCAAAAGGAAAAUCAAUCUUUGAAUGAGACACUAGCCAAAGAAACGGCCAAGAUUCAGGAGCUAAAAAACAAUCAUGACGAAGAACUAACCAAGUUUAAGUCCGAUCUAGAAAUGAAGACUCGAUUAGAGAGAGAACGUGAAAAUUCUACCAAGGAUCAUAUGACUCAGUCCAUUGAAUACCAGAAGAAGCUACAAGAUCAGUUAGAGGCCAAGGAAAAGCUACUGGAAGAAACUUCUGAGAAGCUCAAGCUUCAAUCCAAGUGCCACGGACAAGAAGUGGACAAGUUUUCCAAACGAAUCGAGGAGCUCACCGAGAAAAUUACCGAGAUUGAAGACUCAAAACACAACCAAGUUCAGAGCUUACGCAAUGAAUUGGAGUCUCAGAAGGAACUAGUCAAGGCACGGGAUGAACUUCUCAAAGAGAACACAGAGACACUGCAAAAAAGAGUGCAAGAACUGGAAUCCGAAGCCUGCACGCAAGAGACCCAACUCGGUGAAAGAUGUGCAUUGCUUCAAAAAGACAAUCACCAAUUGAAGCAAGAUAUCAGUGAUAAAUUGAGCCUAAUCGCAGAGUUAGAAUCCAAUCUGGCUCUUGAGCAAGAUCAAGAGACUAAAAUCAAGGCCUUUAUCAAAGAUUAUGAAAGGAAAUUGGCUGUGCGUGAACGGGAUCAUGAAGCGGAACUUCAAAAACUCCGCGACGAAUCCGAAACCGAGUUAAACAAGGCCAUCGCCGACUCUCGGGAAAAGAUCAAUGAGCUCAACCACGAGUUGUAUGAAAAGACCACCCUCUACGACGACAUGCUGGACAAACACGCCCACGCCAUGUCCAUGAAGGAACAGGAAUUGGAGGAGGAAAUCGAGUCAUGCAGUCGCGUGUAUCAGUCAAAAAUGGCCGAAUUUGAAGCGGUCAAGGACAAGCAAGUCCAAGCAUUAGAGCAGAAGCUCAAGGAACGAGAAGAGCGCGAUCAAAAAAACGCUUGGCAAUGGGAUCAUGAAGAGGUGGAAGACUUGCAGAAAGAAAACCACGCCCUACUCGGCCUGGGAGCCACGCCCGCCACUUUAGCCGUGUCUUCCACCCGUCACCACAACGGGAGUCACACCCUCGAAGAAGCCACCGAAUUCGAGUACCUCAAGAACAUUCUUUACCAAUAUAUGCUGGGCAAGGAGUCCCUGACCUUGGCCAAAGUGUUGGCGACCGUCGUCAAAUUUGACGCCGAACAACAACGCCGAGUGAUCGCGCAUGAGGAGAAGAAACGCUCCAUGUUGGCUGGAUUAGGCAUUUUAUCAUGAAAAUAUAGAUACCAAGUAAUGUUGGACACUAA